CGUUGGCGAACUUUGCAACCCACCUCUCUAUCAUCUGACGUGCUGUGUGCUCUUACCUCCAUGACGAUAGCCAAAACCCAUCCUUUUGGCGAGAGAUAAUCCCUGGUGUCGACAAGUUCGUGAGGGUCGGAUAUACUUUGUUGAGCGUUGUUUGUUUUUCUCCCACACAACAUCGCGAUUUAACAGAACAGAACAUGUGGAAGACAAUCACCCACGCGUCCUUGAGCCGCCGGCGGACCAGCCUGUCAGAGCGAUCGAUCACCCGCACCGAGUCGGUCGUCGAGCGCGAGCACAAGGCGCUCGCGGAGCUCAAGGAACUGUGCCGCAAGAACAACGUGUCCUGGCCCAAGAGCGAAUUGGUGGUGGCCGGCGAUUCCUCGGACGACGACGGGAACGACGAUUCCAAUCUCCUGCGAUACUUGCGAGCGCGGAAAUACGAUGUUCCCGCCGCAUUCAAGCAGUACGCGGCGUCGGCGAAGUGGCGCGAUGAGAUCCAGUUGGAGAAGACGUAUGACGACGUCGAUAUCACGCAGUUCGAGACCAUCAGGAGACUGCAACCCCAAUGGACGGGCCGGCGAGAUGACACGGGCGUUCCCAUCAUGGUCUACGUCGUCUCCCAGGUGAAGCCCGAGGACAUCCUCGCAUUGCACAAGAUGGACCCGGCAUUGUCGAGCGUCUUCCUCGCGGCCGAGUAUGUGACGCAGUUUGUGCAGCCCUUGUGUGGGAAACUGCAGCAUCGGCGAACGACCAAGUCAAUCAAUAUCAUCGAUCUAUCCCAUGUCGGGAUCCCGACGUUUUGGAGGUUGAGGAAGCUCCUCAAUGCCGCCAGCACCAUGGCGACAGCACACUACCCCGAGACGGUGAAGAGGAUAUACGUCGUCGGGGCGCCAGCGUUCUUCCCCCAGAUCUGGAAGUUCAUCACCAUGUGGUUCGAAAAGGAGACGACGCGGAAGAUCUUCGUCCUCGGCCACCACGAGAGCGCCGAUGUCUUGCGCCGCGACCUGGGCGCCGAGAACGUGCCCAAGCGCCUCGGCGGGGAGCUCGACUGGGAGUUCGGCGGGUUCCCCAACCUCAGCCCGGACGCCGAAGCGUUCAGCAGCAGCUUGUUCACCAAGUGGGUUGAAGGGCCCUUGCGACUCUUGGAUGGGCCGGAGGGGAAGUCGAGGAUCGUCGCUGUCGGUUCGCGCAACGGCGAGUUGAGGAGGGAGGAGUUAUAAAAGGAGGGGUGUGCCGACACGGAUACUACGAGCGCUGGGGAGGGAAAGGGAGGAAAUGUAUCUGACGAGCGUACGGGUCGGAUUUCCAACAUUCAAGAUGGGUUGAAAAAGAGAGUUGGAUGGAGAGCUGGCUGAAGGGAUGCUUAUCGUACCCCCAAAAUAUAAUGCAUGGCAAGGACAUAGCACGGACGGGAAACGAACGAUCAUGUAUGGGAGACUGGACAGUGGUCGUAGAGUGAGUCCCUGAGAUUUUCCUGGAGACGGCUGUGUGCUGGCCUUUCGGAUCUCAGCUCACACCAGCCAAGAGGCGAUCCCAUAGAUGCCUCUACCAUUGUCGUCGAAGGGUUGGUGGGUUGGGCAAAGACGAAAUUGCGCGUUCGGUCCGGGAGCAGAGGGCUCGUAAGACGCAGGCUUCCUACCAAAAGCUGCACCCCCUACACCGUCAUGUGCUGUGCCGCGGCGCGAGAAAAAGACCACAAAGAAGUGGAUCGUGAAGAGUCGCAUGCUCUGGCCUUGUAGAACCCGAGACCGCGCCGAGUUUGAAGCAGAUGACAUUUCAGUACUCUCG